AUGCCAAACCGCGGCAAUGGCAACAUUGGCAUCAUCUCAUCCAGCGGUGGUGGCCUCAACCAUAAUGACCCUGGCUUCCUAUCUAGUGACUUCCCUCAGUCGCCACCAAAAUUAUACAUCACAGCCGAGAGUGAUGAGUUUGACCUACUGACCUUGAGCGAGUGGAGGGAUGAGGGCUUCAACGUGGAGUAUAUCUCCAUGGGCAACGGCGGCAACGAGUAUCGAUCGCGACUAGAGUCGUUGAGUAAGGCUAACUGGGGACCUUGCGAAACUUACGGCAUCAUUGCUUAUGGCGAUGCUGCGAGCGUCUGCUUGGAACAUUUCCACAUUGCUGACAACAAUCCCGAGUUUCGACUCGGUUGUCUCAUCGCCUACUAUCCCACGCGCAUCCCAGACCCGCGUACCAAGUUCCCAGGCGGCGUUCGCGUACUGGUGCAUCUGAGCAGUGGUGAGCAAGUCGGCAUCGUAAAGCAAACGCAGCUGGUGGGAAUUCAAGGGAAGAAGAGAGUCGAUAAGAGGACCAUUGAACGAGGUAUGGGCGUAGGCGGUAUGCUACAGAUGGGCUAUCCGAGCUAUACCUACGAUGCUACGCCUGGUUUUGCGGAGCGCGAUCUGGAUGUGUUCAAUCGCGUCAGUGCAGAGCUGGCUUGGAGUAGGAGUUUAGCUGAAGCUCGAAGGGCCUUCCGAAAAGACGUGGAUCUGGAGAAGGUAGUCGAGAAGAAUGUUGAAGGCAAAUUUUAUACGAGAGAUCUACAGCAGACCAUGUCUACGUAUAGAGCCAACAAGAGCCCCCAUGUUACUUACAUUCCCACAUUGACUGGCGGUAUCGGGGCUGAAGAGCUUCGCAGGUUCUACUCUGAGUUAUUCAUCAGUUGCAACCCAGCUACCACAAAAUUAACCCUACUUUCGCGUACUAUUGGUGCCGAUCGCGUCGUCGAUGAGUUGCACGUCGCUUUCAAGCACACGCAAGAGAUGCCCUGGAUUCUCCCAGGAUUGCCCCCAACUAACAAAAAGGUCGAGAUUCUCGUGGUGAGCAUCGUUACUCUGCGCGGCGGGAGCUUGCAUUAUGAACACGUCUACUGGGAUCAAGCUAGCGUGCUCGUGCAAGUUGGUCUACUAGACCCAAAAGUCGUACCCCAGAAAGCUAGCGAAAGGGGUGUCAAGAGGCUGCCGGUUGUGGGGAAGGAGGCUGCUGAACGGGUAUUGUGGGGCUAUGAUUUUGACGACGAGGGCGAAGCCACAAACGACCUCAUCCCUGGAUGGUAUGAAGAUGAGAACGAUGAUGCUGCUAGCGAUAAUGAUAGUAAAGAUACGAAUGUUAAUGGAAAUGCAAAUGGAAAUGGAGAGACGAAAACGGAACAGGCGGACCAGGGUGGAGAACUGAAGGACAAAGAGCCGGAACAAGUGCCGAGUGAGGCGCAAGAGGAUAAGACGAAGGGGGAAUAG